GGUGACGUGUAAAGUUAUAAGGUUCGAGGGGGAAGGAGAGAGAGGUGGAAGAGGAUGUGAUCAGGAAGAGAUAUAAAAGGUGGAAUGGGUUAGGGUUAACGCACAAGUUAAGUCUUAUACCGAGAGAGAAAAGUGCGCAACCUCGAAGCUAGUUCAAACUAGUGGGAGGUUGUCCGCAUUCGAACACGAACAAGUAAAAAGAAUGGCACGUGGGAAGGUACAGCUGAAGAGAGUAGAGAACCCGGUGCACAGGCAGGUGACGUUCUGCAAGAGACGAGCUGGCCUUCUCAAGAAAGCCAAGGAGCUCUCUGUGCUUUGCGACGCCGAGAUCGGCGUUCUCAUCUUCUCUCCUCAGGGGAAGCUCUAUGAGCUCGCCACCAAAGGAACGAUGGAGGGACUGAUUGAGAAGUACCUGAAGUGCACCACUGCUUCUGCUUCUUCUGCUUCUGUUUCUGCUUCCGCUGCUCCUCAUGAACCCCCAAAUCUUGAUCCGAUAGAUGAGAUCAAUAUGCUUAGGCAAGAGAUUGAAAUGCUGCAGAAAGGGAUAAGGUAUAUGUUCGGAGGAGGAGACGGAGCAAUGGGUCUGGACGAACUGCUUUUGCUUGAAAAGCAUCUGGAGUAUUGGAUUUGUCAGAUUCGCUCCAGAAAGAUGGAUAUUUUACUUCAAGAAAUCCAGUCAUUGAGGGACAAGGAAGGAGUCCUCAAGGCUGCCAACAAGUAUCUCCGCGACAAGAUGGAGGAGAACAACAAUAGCAUGAUAGCUGCUAACUUUGCACCGAUGACCACUAACUAUAGUUAUCCACUAACCAUGCCAAAUGAAAUAUUUCAAUACUAGACACACAGGAAUUUGGCCAUGUCUUAUAUUAAUGUCAAGUCUCCAGGUAAUUAUAAUAAUGGCCAGUGGAAUUUCUGUUCCAUGCCACAGGCGAAACCUCUAUUGUGUACGCGUAUACUCUUUCUAGUUUAUGUGUCUGGAGAAUGGAUUAACGGCUUGCUAUGUAAUUGUGAUGUUUUUCUUUCUUUAAAAAAAAAUAUAACCCGUUUCAUUCCUUAAUAAAUUUGUUAAGCAGAUAUUGGACCGUCAAAUCAGGGUUAUAGUUUUAUGUAUGAUGGUUUUCAA